AAUUCAAAAACUUGUUGACAAUAUUUAUAGUCACAUAACAUAGAACUGAACAUAUGUAUGAUAGUAGAUAUGUAUAACGUUCUCUCAAAUAAAUAAAAGUAGGGCUACAUUUCAAAAUAAGAGAAAAUAAAUAAAAUGUGAAAAUUGUGUAUGUUUAAAUAAAGUGCUUAACUUUCUCUUUAUAUCUCAGUGACAGAACUAAGCUCUAGUUUGGCAGGAUGUUAAACCUGGGCUGGAAUGGAGUCAGGACCAUUCUCAUACACAUGUGGAGAAAAUCUGCCAACACUCCACAAGAGUCUUCCAGACAUCAUGUCCCUCCUUUAUAUUUCCAUCUUAUGGGUCUGUGCCUGUGUGGACAGUGCAGAAUCUCUGGUUACUGUAUCAGCUGCAGUGGGUUCCACAGUCAUCCUGCCGUGUAAACUGACUGAAGAGUUAAAACCAACAUCAGUUAUUAAGUGGCAGUUCAAUAAAGACACUGUGUUUGAGAGAAGCAGUGAUGUUACAUAUUCAGGUAAAGGAUAUGAAGGACGUGUGGAUGUUCCUGUGGACGAGCUGCGUAAAGGAAACUGUUCCCUGGUGUUGAAGAACGUCAGAGUUACUGAUGACCAAAUCUACAAAUCCUUUACAAUGGUACAUGUGGAAAAAAACACUGGGGAAAUGAAAGAAAUUAACAGUGUUACACUCUCAGUCUAUGGUCUUCAGAUAUCAGCUCCAGUGGGUUCCACAGUUGUCCUGCCGUGUGAUUGGAGUCAUCUGUCCAUCAAAACUCCUUACGUUCAGUGGUUUAUCGAUACUGAGACUGUGUUUGAGCGAAAAGGUAAAGAUCCAUAUCAGGGUGAAGGAUAUGAGGGUCGUGUGGACGUUCCUGAGGACGAGCUGCUUAAAGGAAACUGUUCCCUGGUGAUGAAGAACAUCAGUGUUAAUGAUACAGGAAUCUACAUCAGCGCCAUGUUAAUUACAGACACACAGGAAUCUGUCUUGGUCCAGAAGGUUAAACUGUCAGUUGUUGAGGGCAGUGUUAAUGAGACUCGUUCUUCAUCUGAGGACUCAGACUCACACCAGAAAAGCUUGAUUAUUUUAUAUGUUGGGAUCGUAAUCAUCAUCAUCAUCAUCAUCAUCAUCAUCAUCAUCUUCGUCUGUGUGUCUGUGUACUACAGCAGGGUGAAAGGUCUCAGUCACGCCACUGACUCCACUGAACAGGAUGGAAACAGACAUCAUCACAGUGUUCAGUACAACACAACGUCCGACAGUGUGACGUACACAACAGUCAACACACAAACACAGGGUUAAUGACCAACACAAGAUGGUCUGCUCUGAUCGUAACAUGGAUUUCAUUCAUUCAUUCAUUCACUCAUUUUCUACCGCUUAUCCAAACUACCUCGGGUCAUGGGGAGCCUGUGCCCAGGCUCCCCAUGAAUCUCAGGCUUCAUCGGGCAUCAAGGCAGG